AUGGCGUCCUCUUCUCCGCUGCAAGAGUAUCACGCUCCUUUGCCAGCAGCCUUCAAGGAGCGCAUGAUGGCUUCUUGCGCGUGCUGUUCGAGCUUGACAGGAAUUUCUCUCAGUUCUGGAACGCCGUCUGCCCGCAAGCCCGACCGGGUCGGCGAAGGGGUGGCGCUCGAUCAUGACUUGCAAGACACCGAGGAGCAGCACGAGCCUGACUCCGAGGACGGCGUUCAAGUGCACGCAAUUGCAAGCAAGUACGACUCGGCAUGCCCCAGCACCUCUGAGUCUGGAGCCAGCAUCACGCCACUCUUGUCGACGACAUCAACAGCAGCGCAGAUCCUGGUCCAAGUCAGUGGUAAGAGCUUGAUUCGUGUGACUGAAGGACAGUUCGCUCACGCUCAGCCGGCCGUUGUCGAAGGCCACCAGGUCGAGGUACUCCUCGAAUUCUCGAGAGGAAAGAAGGACUCCUCCGCAAUGGCCGCUGGACCUGCUGCUGACAUCUGCGAGAUCGCUCGUUCUGUCGCCAGCCUUCUGCAUAGAGAACCCGAAGAUGUCGCACAAAUCGCGCUGCCCGACUCCCAAUACCCGCGGGGUGAGAAGGUUAAUCGCAGCUUCAAAGUUGCAAGUCCGCCUGCAGGAUAA